AUGGGAUCUAGAGGAUAUUUAAAAAAAAAAAAUAUCUCUGGUAUUAUCUAAAGUGCAACCAACCAUUAUGUGAAAAUACUACAAGGUAAUCUCUUCCUAACUUUAGGUAGUGUUGCAAAAGAGUGUAUGCUAUUGAAAAAAAACCAAGUAAAAAUUCAGUUAGCGAAAAAUAUUUAAGAUAAAUUUAUUACCCUUGUGAUGAAUCCCAUUUUCGAUAGGAAAUUAUUUUUAAAUAUAAAUAGAAUAGAUGGCAAACUCCCAUCAAAUCCUUCUAAGAGUUUCUUUUCUCAACGAAUCCGGCUGUAUGAAGUAUUUUUUAAAAAUUAAACACAGAGACUAAAUUUCUAUAGUAUCUCCUACCUUAAACUCUGGUAAUUUAAAAUCUUCAAAAACAAGCUUAAAAGCAAGCCGUUGUUUUGA